AUGACCAAGUCCCGCCGCAAUGUCCGGUUCCCGCACCGCAACAGCGGCGAGCGGCGCCUGAGCGUGUCCUCCGAUGUCAGCGAAGCUACCUCGGAGCCUGCCAGUCCCAACAAAAAUGGCAGCGUCUCCAAGCAGUCCACGAUCCCCGAGGAGAAACCCGCCCAGUCCGAGUACGAGAAGAAGAAGCAGACCUUCAUUACCCGGACGAUAUGGACUUUCGUGAUGAUCGCGGGUUUCUUCAUCGCCAUGUUCUCCGGUCACAUCUACAUCAUUGGCCUGGUGACCGCCAUCCAGAUUGUCUCGUUCAAGGAGGUUAUUGCUAUCGCCAACGUCCCCAGUAAGGAGAAGAACCUCCGUUUCACCAAGACCUUGAAUUGGUACUUCCUCGCGACGACCAUGUAUUUCCUGUACGGCGAGAGCGUGAUCUACUAUUUCAAGCACAUUCUGCUGGUGGACAAGGUGCUGCUUCCGCUGGCCACUCACCACCGUUUCAUUAGUUUCACGCUCUAUGUGAUGGGCUUCGUGUUCUUCGUCUGCUCCCUGCAGAAGCGUCAUUACCGAUUCCAGUUCACUCAGUUCGCCUGGACCCAUAUGGCCCUGUACCUGAUUGUGGUGCAGGCUCACUUCGUCAUGAACAACAUCUUUGAGGGCAUGAUCUGGUUCUUCCUCCCUGCCUCGCUGGUUAUUACGAACGACAUCUUCGCCUAUGUUUGCGGCAUCACCUUCGGACGCACUCAGCUUAUCCAAUUGUCCCCGAAGAAGACUGUUGAAGGUUUCCUUGGUGCCUGGAUCUGCACCAUUAUCUUCGGUUAUUUCAUGACCAACGUCCUGAUGCGCUACAAGUACUUCAUCUGCCCCGUGAACGAUCUCGGCUCAAACGUUUUGACCGGUUUGGAGUGCACCUUGAACCCGGCCUUCGUCCCUCAGCCUUUCUCGCUCGAGUUGUUCGGUCUGGACAAGACUUUCUGGGUUGAGCCUAUGCAGUUCCACAUUCUUGGUUUCGCUACUUUCGCCUCCCUCAUCGCUCCCUUCGGUGGAUUCUUCGCCUCUGGUCUGAAGCGCACCUUCAAUAUCAAGGACUUUGGCGAGUCGAUUCCCGGUCACGGUGGUAUUACCGACCGCAUGGACUGCCAGUUUAUCAUGGGAUUCUUUGCUUUCAUGUACUACCACAGCUUCAUUGCCGUGUACAAGGCCAAUGUGGGUGACAUCAUCGAAACUGCCAUCAACGGCCUGACCGUUGACGAGCAACUCGAGGUUGUCCGUGGUCUUGGCAAGUACCUUUACAACCAGGGUGCAGUUCCCGAGACGAUCCUGGAUUGUCUUGCCACUGAGCUCCAGCGCCGAUGA